AUGCUGCCCCACCAGCCGGGCGUCCGCGCCCUGGUCAUCGGGAUAGCAAACAGCAUAGACCUGACCGAGCGCGCCCUGCCUGCCCUGAAGCUGCGCGGCUGCACGCCGGCGCUGGUGGCGUUCCCCGCCUACACCGCGGCCCAGGCAGCGGCAAUCCUGAAAGCGUGCCUUGCGCAGCUGCCGGAGAGGCUCAUAGACAGCACCGCCCUCGAGCUGUGCGCCCGCCAGGUGGCCUCCACGAGCGGCGACCUGCGCCUGGCGGUCAAGGCGUGCCGCGCCGCGCUGGACGCGCUCGCGCUCGCGCGCGCUGGGCACUUCGCGGCGGCGGCGGCGGCAGCAGGCAAGCCGAGCGCCGGCGGCCAGCAGCAGCAGCAGCAGCAGCAGGAGCAGGAGCGGCAGGGUCAGCAGCAGCAGGCAGCGGCGGGCGGCAAGGCGUCGCAGGCGUGCGUGGGCGUGAGGGACAUGAUGGCGGCGCUGGGGCGGCUGGCAGGCGUGCGCUCGUCGCAGCACGGCGCGGCGACGGUCGCCAACAUUCGCGCGCUGCCCAACCAGCAGCAGCUGCUGCUCUACUCCCUGACCAUCCUCUGCCCCCCGCUGGACGCCGAGGCGGGCGGCAGCGCGGGUGCUGGCGGCGGCGCCGCGCCUGCGCCGGGCGCGGGCCCGCAGAGCGCGGGCAAAGGCCGGUCAGCCUCCAGCCUGUGGGCCGACCUCACGCCCGGCCGCGGCGGCGGCGGCACCCCUCACUCGGCCGCGAAGCCCGUGCGUGCGCCCGCCGCGGCGGCCGGGACGGGGCGGCGGCUGUUCGGCGCGGGCGGCAAGGCGGGCGGCGGCGGCUCUGCCGGCGGCGGGACGCCCGGCACCGGCGGCCGGCGCCGCAAGGGGCCGCGGGGGUUUGGCGAUGCGGGCGGGACGCCCGCGGCGGCCGGCGGCGGCGGUGGCGGCGGCGGCGCGCGGCUGUCGCUGCGGGCGGGGCACGACGAGGUGCACCGGGCGCUGGCGGCCAACCCCGCGCUGCGGUGCCUCGUGGAUGGCGCCUGA